CCAUGGAAGACAGUCUUCCACAGGCUUCUCCGAUGUGUGUUCUUCCCAUGGUCUCCAAUUCUUCACUAGCUGCUCCAGCAUGGGUCCUUCCACAAGGUACAGUCCUUCAGGAACUGGCUGUUUCAGCGUGAAUUCCCCACGAGGUCACAAGUACUGCCAGCAAACCUAUUCCAAAAUGGGCUCCUCUCUCUACGGGUCUUGCAAGGAGACUGCUUCAACAUGGGCAUCCCAUGGGGUCACAGCCAUCUUUGAGCAUCCACCUGCUCUGGCAUGGGGUCCUCCACAUCCUGCGGAGCACAAAGUAAUCAUAGUGGGACUUGAUAAUGCUGGAAAGACUACUAUUCUUUACCAGUUUUUAAUGAAUGAGGUGGUUCAUACUUCUCCAACCAUAGGAAGCAAUGUAGAAGAAAUAGUGGUGAAAAACACUCAUUUCUUAAUGUGGGAUAUUGGAGGACAAGAAUCAUUACGGUCAUCGUGGAAUACCUAUUAUUCAAACACAGAGUUCAUCAUUCUGGUUGUUGACAGCAUUGAUAGAGAGCGACUGUCUAUUACAAAAGAAGAACUUUAUAGAAUGCUGGCUCAUGAGGAUUUACGGAAGGCUGCAGUUCUCAUCUUUGCAAACAAGCAGGACAUGAAAGGCUGCAUGACAGCUGCCGAGAUAUCUACAUACCUCACCCUCAGCUCCAUAAAGGAUCACCCGUGGCACAUUCAAUCCUGUUGUGCUUUGACAGGAGAAGGAUUAUGCCAAGGCUUGGAGUGGAUGACCUCCCGUAUUGGAGUGAGAUAGCUUUUUUCCUUUUUUUUUUAAUUCCUCCAAAAGAAGAGACUUCUAUUUAUCCUGUGAACAUGUACAUUUUUCUGUACUUUUGGCUGCUGAGGCAGUGACCAUGUUUAAUUUAUAUCAGCCAACUCCUAAGCUGUGCUUGAAUCAAGCGCAGUUGAACUGAAACACAAAAGUAUUUUCUUAACUUUUUUUAAUACACUAAUCUUCCGGUGGAUGAACAUAUGUGAAUCUGUUUUUAGGCAUUGAAAUUCCUCUGAAUAUGUAUUCUAACUUUUUCGAUGGUAGCCUUUUAAAAUCUGUUUUGUCAUUGUCGAUAUUUCAUACUUCCUCUUUCUAAAUAGUUUGUAUAACUUACUAACAUAAAUGAGCACAUUUUAUUUAAUGAUUAAAAGUAGUGAUUAGGUUAACUUUACCAUAGCUUUCUUUAACCUCUAAGGAUAACCAUAUCUCCAGCUAGACUUCCCAGAACAUCAGUAGCAUUCUAGCCAGCACUGGAAUUAAUAGUUACGAAUACGAAUUUUUAAGUCCUUAAUAAGUUAGCUAUAGUUAAUAUUGUGGUGGCUUUUAACCUGGUAUACAGUGGAACUUCUGCCUUAAAAAAAAAUCUGUUUCAGUCUCAGUUUCUCUGGUAUGUAGUUCUAGGAGAUGAUUCUUUUACUUGAAAAUACAUCUCUGUACAGAAGAUGAAAAAUUUUGUUAUUAAGUGCUAGAGUAGUCAUUUAGAACUUGAAUACCUUUUUAAAAAUAAAUCUCUCAAUAGUUAAAUUUGAAAUCACGACAGCCAGUGUUAUGUGUAGACUUGCUGUAUACUGUUAAAGUUUUUAAUUCUGUAUACAUGAGCCUUCCUCACCUUUUAGUGAGAAUGCUGUUUUCUAAAUGAAUGCAAAAUCAAAAGGGAAGCCAGAUUUAUAAACAAAACAAUACCAUGGUGCUGUGUCUGUAGACUUCAGACUGAAGCUAAUCUUGACAUUUAUUUACCUACUAUCACAUAUGUUUUCAGAUUUUUUGCAGAGAAAUUAUUUUGCCUUAAUUUUUGGUUUUAGUCUUAUUUGCACAAGGAGAGAACUUUUGGGGGUGUUUGGGUUAGAUUCCUUCACCUGAAAUUUGAAAAACAGAUGGUGAAGGAUUGGACCUAGUAACUCUUAAUUCAGUUUGAAGGGAAUGGAGUUAGAUCUAUCAAGAUAAUGUAAAGAUACGGAAUUAAUUGAGAACAUUAAGGAUCAAAAAACCUGACCACUAAAUGCCCAAAAAGUCAUAUGAGGAUUAAAAACAAAAACAAAAACAAACCAAAACCAGUAGUGGACACCUAAUUUCUAGUGAAGUCCCAGCAGCAGUCAGGUACCUAACCUGCAUAAAUGCUUGCCAGGCCUUCCAGUUCUGUACUUCUGCAUGCCUAAAAGCCACGUGGAGUCUGGUUACCAGAACCAUUUUGCGAAUUGACUGUAGGCCUUUAAUGACAAAAUGUUUUUGUUAAAUCUUGUUUUGAUAAUUCAAGCACAUGGAUUUUUCUUUAAUAAAAUUUUAAGCUUUGUAAAUUUCAAUUUGCUUCCAUUUUUACUUGAACAAAAUUUAAUGAAAUUUUAAAAGUAUCAACAAAUAUGUUGUUAUAAAUGUUAAAAAGACUUUGAAUGCAUGUGGAAACAGUGAUUGGUUGAAUGAAGUUGUAUAUUGUUGCUGGUUAACAAAAGUCACAUUUAGGAGAAAGACUGUUGAGUAUUAAGUCAAAAACUCAGAAAAUAAUGAAAAUCGGUGAAAAGUGUAUAAAAAAAGAUGAAUGCAAGGCAAGGUUAAGAUCUGAUAUAAAGCUGCUUGCUCUGAUGUUCAGUUGUUCUAAUGUACGGAAAUAAGUGGUUUUUUUUUUGUUCUUAGGGAAGAAAAUCAUAAAUGAAAAAAAUAAAAUAAAAGUAUGAAUGAUGUUUCUUCUUUCGUGACUUAAUUUCAGUUUGCAAUUUAAAUUUAUUUUCAAGUUUAUUUUUAUGUAAUUCAAAAUGUAGUCCUCAAUACUUAUAAAGAGCACUGUCUAGAUGUAUAGCCUUUUGAUUGUUUAAAAAAAAGGAUUUUGUAUUUAAUGCCUUCUGGCUAAAACCAUUUGUAAAUCUGUAGUUUGAUUCUAAAUCCAGUCUCACCUGAGGGAAUACAUAUAACUUUGAUUAGGAGGAAAUGGUCAGAUUGUAGACCUUAAAAUAUCAGAAUAAUGGAAGGGGGUUUUUUUAAUUUCUUGGCUCUUAAAACCUUUGAAUAUCUUU